GGCGGCGGUCGCGACGCCGGGAUUGUUGAGUACAAGGAGCUCAAGCUGGCGCCGAGCGACGACAAGUCUCAGCGAACGGAGGUGCACAAGGCCUUCCGGGUCCACUUCGAGGGCUUCCUCGACACGAAGACGCAGGACGACAGCGUGGUGGUCAUGGUCGUCGGUCGCGCCGAUCGUCGCGGCGCCCGACCAGCCGGCACCGGCGGCCGCAGCGACGCCGCCAACCAACGCAAGCGGCAAUGGCCGACGUGCUGGGGUGACUACCUGCAGUUCGUGCUCUACAAGGAGAACAAGGACACCACCGCCGCGGUCGGCCUCCUCGCCAAGUUCACCAAUGCGCGCGCCAGUCGGUUCUCGUAUGCCGGCACCAAGGACAAGCGAGGGGUCACCACCCAACACAUGACCAUCUAUCACAUGCGCGCCGAGCAGCUGCGCGGACUCAACGCCAAGCUGUACGGCAUGCGCGUGGGCAACUUCUCUUAUGUGUCGCAACAGCUUCGUCUGGGUGACCUCUUUGGCAACCGCUUUUCCGUCGUGCUCCGGGAGGUGUCGGCCUCGGAGGAGGAGAUCAACCACUCCCUCACUGAGCUCAAGCGGACCGGCUUCGUAAACUACUACGGUCUGCAGCGCUUCGGCACGGGGUCGGUGGCAACGCACCGCGUCGGCAUCGCACUGCUGCAGGGCCAGUGGAAGGAGGCCGCCGAUCUCAUCCUGCAGCCGCGGACCGGCGAGGAGCAGGAAUGUGAGAGCGCGCGCAAGUACUGGGCGGAGACUGGUGACAUCAAU